AUGAAUAAUAAAAAUACCAAUUUCAGACAUGUUCAACCCCAUUCUUUUCUAGAAUCUUCCCCGUUGAGUGAAGAAGAAGAUGAAGAAAAUAUACUGAAAGAAGCUACAACUAAGGAAACAUCGAUAAAUAUGGAUGGAAAAGUCAUAGAAAAUUUGAAAAUUACAUUCCCGCCGAAUAUCAAUAUGGACGAGUUACUACCAAAACCGAAAAUGGCUGGUGUUUCUUCAAAACCACCAAAUAGCUUUAUUAUAUAUCGUAAAGCUUUUGUUAAAGAGUUAAAUGCUCAAGGUCAUUAUUUUGAAAUGAAGAAAAUUUCUUCUCUUGUUUCUGCAAAAUGGAAGAGCGAACCUAAUUAUGUAAAGGAAGAAUAUCGAAGGAUUGCAAAGGAACUCGCAGCUCUCGUGCCUCCUGUGAAUAGCCAAAUUCAGAAAUCUAAAAAAUAUAAUUGGGUUGCUAUAUCAACUAAACAAGAAUUUGCGCGGG